AUGAAGAUCGCCAUCGCAUUGCUGGCCUGCCUGGGCCUGGUCGCCGCCGCCAGCUUCCACCAGACCCACGAGGUCAAGAUCGCCGACAAGGCCUUCCUGCUCAAGCAGAAGUUCCUCUUCGAGAUCGUCUACCGCGUGGAGGAUCCGCUGAUGUUCGAGGAGUACAUCAAGCAGGGCUCGAAGUUCUACUUUGAGGAGUCCUACUACACGCACUACGACCUCUACAUGAAGAAGUUCUUCGAGGCCUACAAGGCGCACGCCCUGCUGCCCAAGGGCGAGUUCUUCGGCGCCCUGGUCAUGUCCCACGCCAAGCAGGCCCGCGGUCUGUUCAACUUCUUCUACUACGCCAAGGACUGGGAGACCUUCGCCGCCAACGUGGCCUGGGCCCGCAUGCACGUCAACGAGGGCAUGUUCGUCUACGCCCUGACCCUGGCCGUGAUCCACCGCAACGACUUCCACGGCCUGAUGCUGCCCUCGAUCUACGAGAUCUUCCCGCAGUUCUUCUUCAACAGCAAGUUCGUGUUCGAGGCGGAGAAGUUCGACUACGAGAUGUGGAUGAAGACGAGCAUGUACGAGAAGGAGUACAUGGACGUGUACUACAAGGGCCACUCGUACGGCUACGACUACGCCACCAUGUACCAGUCCAGCGACUACACCUACAUGAAGGACUUCAAGACCUGGCAGUGGUGGAAGCUGAUGGGUCUGGGCGAGCACUGGUACAGCGAGGACAAGUACAUCCUGCGCGAGAACAUCUACGAGUUCAACCAGGAGAGCAAGUGGCUGUCGAUGAUGAAGGACGUGAAGAAGUUCUACAUGCCCGUGGACUACAGCCGCGACCUGAACAUCUACAACGAGGAGUCCAAGCUGUCCUACUUCACCGAGGACCUGGGCUGGAACGCCUACUGGUACUACCUGAACAUGGACUACUCCUUCUUCCUCGACGGCAACACCUUCGACCUCAAGAGCGACCGUCGCGGCGAGUGGUGGCUGUACAACGUGCACCAGCUGCUCAGCAGGUACUACAUGGAGCGCCUGUCGCACGGAUUCGGCGAGAUCCCCGAGUUCUCCUGGUACCACCAGAUCGAGAUGGGCUACGAUCCCCAGAUGAUCUACUACAGCGGCAUCGGCUACAGCUACCGCAAGAACUACUACGAGAUGGACACGUACGCCAACUACGACAUGCUGGACAAGAUCACCGGCUUCCAGAAGCGCAUCCACAACAUCGUCGAGCUCGGCUACUACAAGACCGCCGAUGGCCACACCAUCGAUCUGCGCAAACCCGAGGCCAUCGAGUUCAUCGGCAACAUGCUGCAGGGCAACGUGGACGCCAUGGACAAGAUGUUCUACCAGUUCUGGUACAUGCUCGCCCACAUGUACUUCGCCGACGCCGACUACCAGCAGAUGGACGUGUACCCCAACGUGAUGCUGAACUUCGAGACGAUGAUGCGCGACCCCAUGUACUACAUGUUCUACAAGUCCAUCGCCCAGGUGUACUUCCAGUUCAUGCACUACCUGCCCAAGUACACCAAGGAGCAGCUCCUGAUGCCCGGCGUCACCAUGAAGCACGUGGAGGUCAGCGACCUGACCACCUACUUCGAUCUGGUUGACUUCGAUGUGACCAGCAUGCUCAACGACAAGAUGGUCUUCCAGGACGGCAAGUUCGUGUGGGACAAGUCGCUGUUCGCCCGCCAGAUGCGCCUCAACCACAAGCCCUUCACCUACACCUACACCAUCGAGUCCGAGAAGGUCGAGAAGGUGGUCAUCCGCGCCUUCCUCGGCCCCAAGUUCGACGAGUUCGGCAAGGUCAUCUCCCUGGCCGAGAACCGCAUGAACUUCAUGGAGAUCGACGAGUUCUACUACGAGCUGAAGGCCGGCACCAACAUGGUCACCCGCAAGUCCAGCGAGUUCUACUGGACCGUCAAGGAUCGCACCACCUACAGCGAGCUCUACUACUACAUGAUGAUGGCCUUCGACGGCAAGUACGACUUCCCCCUGGACAUCAGCGAGCCCCACUGCGGCUUCCCCGACCGCCUCGUCCUGCCCAUGGGCUGGCAGAAGGGCAUGCCCAUGCAGAUGUUCUUCAUGGUGGUCCCCUACGUGGCCCCCGCCCACGAGCAGUUCUCCACCUUCGACUACACCUACUCCUGCGGCAUCGGCUCCGGCGCCCGCUACGUGGACAGCAUGCCCUUCGGCUACCCCUUCGACCGCGAGAUCGACGAGUACGAGUUCUUCGUGCCCAACAUGUACUUCAAGGACGUGUCCAUCUACCACGCCGACACCAUGGAGCCCUACUACAAGUACAAGAGCUACUCCAACUACGGCCACUUCGACUACGCCUUCUUCAACGACUACUACACCAAGUACUUCAAGUUCUGA